CCCCAAAUUCUUCCAUCUCCUGCACCUGACUUGCCCUCCGAUCCGAUCCGAUUCUCUGUAAUCCGAUCGAUCACCGAUCGUUAGCUAAUCGGAGGGCGGCCAUGGCAUCGAGUUCGUUGCGCUCAUCUCAAUGGACGCCUCAGGAGAACAAGCUCUUCGAGAAAGCGCUCGCUCGCUUCGACACCGACUCGCCGGACCGCUGGCACAACGUCGCUAGAGCCGUCGGCGGCGGAAAGUCGCCGGACGAAGUUAAGAGGCACUACGAAAUUCUUAUCGAGGAUCUCCGCCGCAUUGAGUGCGGUCACAUCCCUAUCCCGACCUACCUGAACACCUCCUCCGUCCACGGAUUUUAAAGCUUAUGAAGAUGCGAGGGGUUGCUUCUAGAAGCAUCUCAAAGAUUCACAUAUAUAAUUAGAAAUUAAUUAUCAUGUAUUAGUAGUUAAUUAAUACGAAUGGUCUCCAAUCCAAGCAUAUAUUUAUAUUUA